AUGAUACCCUCACCUCGACGGACAGUGUCUCAACCUGCUAUACAAACAUGGCCUGAUGUGGAUGAUGACGAUGGGUGGCAGGAUAUGCCGGUGGUGCGGAGUGAAUCAAAUCCUUUAGGAUUAGAUGAAGAAGAUGAAAGGAAAUAUCAUUAUCAGUCCACAACGAAACUUGAUCCUUCUUCAAAUACAUCUACAUCUGUAUCUGGACAACCUGGACCAUCAGGUACAGCAGGUACAGGUGGUAAUGCGACUGGAACUCAUUUAGAAUUAGAUCACGAUACUUUGAUAGGAGAUUCAUGGAGAGAAAAAUUAGUCGAAGACGAGAGUGAUUACACAAGACUAAGGUUAAAUGAAGACGAAGAAUCUGAUGAAGUUUUAUUAAGAACGAAAUAUUUAUUUGAUGAAGAAAAAGCAAUGACUCCACUAAGUCAAAUGCAAGCUACGAAAAACUUGUUAACAGAAGGUCAAAGAAUCGCUUAUGUCGGUUUAUGUCAAUUGAUAGCUAAGAAAAUGCUGAAAGAUAUAAGUAGAGGUUGGGAAGAAUAUAAUAAAUCGUUUAUCAAAUCGAAAUCAAAGUCAAUAUCGAAAUCUUUGAAAGGUAAUAAAUCAACUAAGAAUGAUCCUCCCGUAGUGGAAAGUGGAAAUAUUUGGAUGUUGAAAAUCAUGGCUAGAUUAUAUCAACAUAUGGAAUUGACCAAGGAUGAACAACGGAUGAUCGAGACUUUGGCAGAACACGGUGUAGAUCCAUCAGACUUGGUACCAGCGUUGAUGACGACACAUACGGUGAAUAAUCCAGACUAUGAUCCAAAGGCAAAAGAGAAAGCAGAUUUGGAUGCGAUCGCUCAAGCAGAAGAAGCAGAGGCCGAGGCAGAUGCUGAAAGGGAUAUACCAACGGAGAAAGACAGACUGAAAUAUCGAGAACAGGAAGAUGAAGAACAAACAGAAGAAGAACAAGUCCCUCCUCCACCUUAUCAGAAAGAAGAAGGUUCUUCCGCAUCCAAUAAACCUCAGCCUCAAUUGAAUCCCUUCGGUGAAGAUGAAGAUGAGGAAGGUCUAUUCUCCCUCCCUUCGUCAUCUAAGCCAAUAUCCAAAUCACCUGAAUCUAAACAACCUAUCAAACCUAUUUCUACGAAAUUACCGUCUUUUGAUGAUGACGAUGAUGGUGAUAUCGCCUCCAUGCUCAGUCCUCCUCCUUCUCAAUCUUCCUCAGAACGCACUCAAACUUCCAUAUCACCUACAGUUGACGUACCUCAUAACGAUCCGGAAAAAACACCUAGAGCGAUAUCAGCUGAAGUGGCUGAUGAUCCAAAUGAGUAUGAAGAGCAAGAUGAUGGUAAAGUGGAUGACGAAGAAGCAGAAAAACCGGCUCCGUUGCCUUCUUUACCUGGAGUAUCAACGUCACUUUCAAAUACAGACGAAAAGGUCACACUGGACAUACGUUGGACUGUAUUGUGCGAUCUCUUCCUCGUGCUCGUGGCAGAUUCAGUAUAUGACGCUCGUUCGCGGGCGUUUCUGGAGAACGUUUCUGCCGCAUUAGGUUUCGAGUGGUUGGAUCUCAUCCGAUUCGAGAAUAGGGUGACGGACGCUUUGGAAAUACAAGAAGGUAUGGAGAAAACUGGACAAGAUGGGAUCAUAGAGGGAAGAAAGAAAGCUGCUAAAACUAAGAGAUACGCUUUGAUGGGUCUGGCUGCCGUUGGUGGUGGACUGGUCAUUGGUUUGUCAGCAGGGCUAGCCGCUCCGCUAAUCGGGGCAGGUCUAGGUGCAGCCUUAGGCACGGUUGGUAUAACAGGUACAGGUACCUUCUUAGCUGGUGCUGGAGGUGUAGCUAUGAUCACCACCGGGGGUGUAUUGACUGGAGCCAAUAUCGCCGGACAAGGAAUGGCUCGAAGGACAAGAGAGGUUCGUAUAUUCCAACUGAAACCCCUACACAACAAUAAGAGGGUCAGCUGUUACAUCACCAUGGGAGGUUUUAUGGCAAGUAAAUUUGACGAUGUUAGAUUACCAUUCUCCGUCAUCGACCCCAUUGUCGGAGACGUCUAUUCCAUUUUAUGGGAACCUGAAAUGAUGGAAGAAAUGGGAAGUGCUAUGAAGAUCCUUACUGGUGAAAUCUUGACUCAAGUCGGACAACAAGUCUUAUCAGCGACCAUUAUGACUGCUUUGAUGAGUGCACUGCAAUGGCCCAUUAUCUUGACAAAACUUGGAUAUCUCAUUGAUAAUCCUUGGUCAAACGCACUUGAUCGAGCCAGAGCCGCAGGGUUGGUAUUAGCCGAUACGAUCUUGAAUCGACAUGCUGGUGUACGGCCCCUCUCCUUGAUCGGAUUUUCCUUAGGAGCUCGAGCAAUAUUCUAUGCCUUAGUCGAACUUGCCAGAGUGAAAGCAUAUGGAUUGGUUCAAGACGUCUUCAUCUUUGGUACAACGGUGACAGCUUCCAAAACCACUUGGCUAGAUGUCAGAUCAGUCGUUGCAGGAAGAUUCGUUAACGGAUUCGCCACCAAUGAUUGGAUGUUAGGUUAUCUUUUUAGAGCUACUUCUGGUGGAUUGAAUACCGUUGCUGGAUUAAGACCAGUCGAGACAGUAGCUGGAUUAGAAAAUAUAGAUGUGACGGCAAUCAUCACUGGACACAUGAGUUAUAGAAGUUGUAUGCCUCAAUUAUUAGCAAAAGUGGGAUUCCCAGUGACAGCAGAAUACUUUGAUGAACCAGAUGACCCCAACGUCGAUAUGAGCGUACAGGAACGUAUUAUCAUCAAUCAAGCGGAAGAAGAUGCUCGUCAGAACAAACGUAAAAUAUUAGGUAUCAUUCCAGUCAAUAACAACAAGCCGACUCGAAAUUCAGGUUCAGGUACGAGUACACCUAAUCCAGAUAACAAAGAGAAAAGUGAAGGUUUACCUAUACCUGUUCCUGGACCUGGUGGUGGAUAUCAAUAUGAAGAAGACGAUGAUCUACCACCUAGAGAAGAAGCUGAUUUAGGUGAAAUUCAAAAUUCAUCAAAUGCUGGUUCUGGUUCUGUGGAAACUGGACCAGUGAUAGAGGAAGAAGAAGAAGAAGUGGUAAAGACUAUACCUAAAACUGCUGGAUUCGAUUUCAAAGCAAUUUCGCAAGCGUUAGGAAAAGAUAUUGAUAUAGAUAAACUGAAACAACCUGAACCCACGAAACCUUCAUCUUCAUCUUCAUCUUCAGGACCGUUAUCAUCGUUGACAAACGAAUCUCGUAUACCUCUAGAAAGAAGUGGAUCUGCUCCUCCACCCUUGAAUGUCCUCAAUGAGAAUAAUUCUUGGUCGACAUCCAACCACAAUAAUAUUGGUGAAGAUGACGAUGAGGAUCAGGGUGAUAUCACAUCAACAUCAAAUAUGACAAGAGGAUUAUCUUUAUCUGAUUUACCAAAUUGGGGAAAUCCACAACAAACGACAAAAACAACGUCACUUGAAUUUGAACAAAACGAUUCUUCUUCAAGCUCAUCAACAGCGGCAGCAGCAGCAGGCGGAGGAGGAGGAGGAGGAGGAGGAGCAUUUAAAUCACCUGUUUUCUCAUGGAAUGCAUGGAAUUCAUCUACUGGAAAUAUACCUACUGCAGAUGAGAUAUUGAGGGAUGUACCAAAACCAAUCAGAUCUGCUCCUCCCGCAAGGCCACAUCCGAAAGAAUUUCUGGAAAUGAAUCCAUUCAUGUCGAAUUCCAAUUCGAACGAUACUUGGAAUACAGGUUCGAAUGGAAAUCAAAAUGGAACAGGUUUUGGUGGAUUAAAUGAAACGAGUCAAGAUGAAGAAAGGAAAAGAAGAAUUGAUGAAGAAGAAGCUGAGAAAAAUCCUUGGUAA